AUGAGCCUCUCCGUUGACAGAUUUACCAGGAAGAAGGUGGCCAUCGUCGGCAGCGGCUGCUCGGGCAUUGCCGCGCUCUGGGCCCUCAACCGGACGUAUCACGAUGUCUACCUUUACGAGGCUGCAGACCGCUUGGGCGGCCACACCAACACGGUGCAGUGGAAGGCUGGCAAGUACACGACGGCCGUGGACACUGGCUUCAUUCUGCUGAACUCGGCGACAUAUCCAAACUUCUUGAACUUCCUUGGCAGGAUUGGCGUCCCGACUGAACCUACGGAGUUGACGUUGAGCGUAUCACGAGACCAGGGGCUAUUCGAAUGGGCCAGCACAAGCCUCAGUACCAUCUUUAGCCAAAAGAGAAACCUGUUCUCUCCAAGGAUGUGGAGGACGCUGUUUGACAUUGUCCGCUUCAGCCAGUUUGCGCUGGAUCUGCUCAUCGAUGACGAUGAUUAUGAGCCUCGAUAUGGCGGGGAGCACAUGAUGAACCACAUCAACAAGACGCUGACGAUUGGCCAAUACUUGGAGCGCGAGGGGUACUCGGACGGCUUUCGAGACGAUUAUCUGAUUCCGCUGGCGGCUGCAAUCUGGAGCACCAGCCCCGACAAGUGCGCCUUGGAGUUUCCCGCUACAACGCUGGUCCGUUUUCUGUGGAAUCAUCAUCUUCUAUCGCCUCUCGCCCCUCAGCCACAGUGGUUGACGCUCAAGAAUGGUGCUCGCUCCUACAUCGACGCCGUCAUGAAGGGCUUUCCUCCCAAUCACCUGUUUCUCAAGACUCCGGUCAGAAACGUCUCAAACGACAAUAUCGGCAGAGUCUUGCUGCAUCUCGAAAACGGCAAGGCGGAGGCUUACGACCACGUCAUUCUUGCAACCCACGGCGACCAGGCGCUGUCCAUCCUCGGCGCCUCUGCCACCGAACAGGAGCGUUCGAUACUUUCCUGCUUCCAGACAUCACAGAACGAAGCCGUGUUGCACUCGGAUGUGUCGCUGAUGCCGAGGAACAAGAGGGCAUGGUCGAGCUGGAACUUUCUGACACUGUCUUCACCUUCAACGCAAAAGGCCAACAUGGACAAGGUCUGCCUCACAUACAAUAUGAACAUCCUGCAACGCAUUCCAAGGAAUCCCUUUGGCGAUGUUCUAGUCACGCUGAACCCAAUCCACCGCCCUACCCCGUCCAAGAUUCAGGGGAGGUAUUUCUACACUCACCCGCUCAAUACCCCGUCCUCUGUGCGCGCUCAGAGAAUGCUGCGCUACAUACAGAACAGGAGAGGAAUCAGCUAUGUCGGGGCGUGGACGGGGUAUGGGUUCCACGAAGACGGAUUCACCAGCGGACUGCAAGUGGCUCAGGAUCACCUAGGUGCUAAGCUCCCCUUUGAGUUCCGAGACUCGACCUAUAGCAGAGGCAGGGUCCCGAGGCUCGGUCUGUUGGAUCACCUGCUGCGGCUCUUCAUCCUGGCAUUCCAAGUGUUUGUCAUCCAGAUGCUGGAGAGACUGGCGCAACUGGCGCGGUCUGGGAGGCAGAGAGUGAUGCAGCCGUUUCGCAAUGGCCUCAAGAAGAAGCAACCGCGCAAGAAAUUGGCUUGA